UUGGGCGUACUCCAUUAAAAAACUGGGGACCUCCCUUACCUGUCCUGUCUGUCUUUCUCUUUCUUUCAAAGAUGGUUGAUUUCUUUCGUUCAGCAAUGAGUUACCUCAGUGGUGAGGGAGACGUAGGAGGAGGCAGUGGCGGUGGAAACGCUUUUGUGGGACAAACUGUUGACAUUGGAGACGGAAUGAAACUUAAAGUUAAAAAAGUUAUAGCUGAAGGUGGCUAUGGGUUUGUAUUUGUUGCUCAAGAUACAAGCACUGGAAUUGACUACGCACUAAAGAGGCAGAUAGUAGCUUCGGAAAACAUUAAAGCAAUCAAGCAAGAAAUAACAUUUUUAACUCAAUUGUCUGGCCAUCCUCAUAUAAUUAAUUUCAUUGGUGCCGCUAGUUCUAAGGAUCCAGCUGGAGGGAGUGCAGAGUUCCUUAUUGUAACUGAACUCAUUACCG